CGGGCCCGGGAACCCAGGAGCCCGGCCGUCCAGAGGGAGCCGGCAUCGGGGCCAGCUGCUUCGCCCUCCUCCUUUCCCAGCUAAGGCUUCGCAGCUCCGACGCCUCCGAGUCACCGCUUCCCCAGCCCAGAUGCCGGCCCACUUGCUGCAGGAGGAGCUCUCCAAAGCCUACAUAAGCACCACCACCACCAUCGUGGCCCCCGCCCCCAGGGGGAUGCAGAAUGGAGGGGCCCGGGCGGAGAAGGCCUCCCCCCAUCGCGAGGAAGAGACCUGCGCCGGCCGGGGGAUGAAGGAUGACGAUGCGUUUGACGUGACCUACCGGGAGAAAGAAGGGCCCAAGCCCAAGGUGAUCUACGUCUGGAGAAAUAUCAUCCUGAUGAGCCUGCUGCACCUGGGAGCCCUGUACGGGAUCGCCCUGAUCCCCUCCGCCCAUCUGUACACCCUGCUCUGGGUGAUCGGAUUCUACAGCAUCAGCGCCCUGGGGAUCACGGCGGGAGCGCAUCGGCUCUGGAGCCACAGGACCUACAAAGCCAGGCUGCCUCUGAGGAUCUUCCUGACCUUUGCCAACACUAUGGCAUUCCAGAAUGACAUCUACGAGUGGGCACGGGAUCACCGGGUCCACCACAAGUUUUCGGAGACGGACGCCGACCCCCACAAUGCCCGGCGUGGCUUUUUCUUCUCCCACGUGGGCUGGCUGUUGGUACGCAAGCACCCUGACGUCAUCGAGAAGGGCCGUCUCCUGGACUUGUCCGACUUGAAGGCCGACAAGCUGGUGAUGUUCCAGAGGAGAUACUACAAGCCCGCUGUGCUAUUUAUGUGCUUCAUCAUGCCCACUUUGGUACCCUGGUAUUUCUGGGGCGAAAGUCUGAAACACAGCUUCUUCGUCGCUUCUCUCCUGCGCUACGCCUGUGUGCUCAAUGCCACUUGGCUGGUCAACAGUGCCGCCCAUCUCUACGGCAGCCGCCCUUACGAUAAGAACAUCAAUCCCCGAGAGAACAUCUUGGUCUCCCUGGGAGCCAUAGGCGAGGGCUUCCACAACUACCACCACACGUUUCCGUACGACUACUCCACCAGUGAAUACCGCUGGCACAUCAACAUCACCACCUUCUUCAUUGACUUCAUGUGCUUCCUCGGCUUGGCCUACGACCGCAAAAAGGUGUCCAAGGAGGUCAUUCUGGCCAGGUGCUCGCGAACUGGUGACGGGAGCCACAAGAGUGGCUGAGCUCUCUGGCCGAAGCAUCUCCUUUCCCCAGAGCCGGCUGGGCAAAGGUUUAACGUUCUGUUUUAUUAACUACUGAAUAAUGCUACCAGGAUGCUAAAGAUGAUGAUUUUAACCCAUUCCAGCAAAGUAUUCUUUUUU